AUGUGUUACCAUCGAUACACCUUGCAUCCAUGUGGCCACUCGAGUCGAUCCAUCGGAAAAUGCUCGGUCGACACUCUGGCUCAUCAAGUACCAUUCUGUUGUAACUACCAUAUCGUCAAGGAUCGAGUACCCUCACCAUGUGGCGGUAACUAUUGCAAAGAGGACAAGGAUACAGCUCAUUGGGCUGAGAACGGACAAGACUUGCUGACAGCAUGCGAUGAUGAUCUCGCCAUGUUCAAGAACCGCCUGGUGGAUCUCUACCCCAAACUUGAAGCAUUCGAUAAGUACAGAAAAGCCUUUGGUGCUUUGCAACCCAUCGACAUGGACAGAGCUCGAAUGAUGCACGAAGACUAUGUCGAAUUGCGUGAGACUUAUGCGAAACUUCGGAGCAGACGUCAGCUCAUCUUGGAUGGUAUCAAGAAGGCCAAAGCAAAGCAACAGGCUGUCCUUGCCGAGAACAUGCACAGAGUACAGCAAUAUGUCAACGCCCAGAGACUGCGGUCCGCUCAGCCUGCUUCGCCGCAACGCAUAGCUCGGGUCCAUCAAGCGUCGACAACGGGGUCGAUGAAGCGAACAAGCUCGGGUAUGUUCAGAACUGGAGAUGCUUUCGCAACACCUUCACAGCCUGCCAAUGGACAAGUACUACGAUCUGUUCAGCCUUAUUCACCACAAAGCAUGGCCCGGUUCAAUCAAACGUCGCUGAAAGGGUUGAUCAAGCGAACAAGCUCGGGCAUAUGGGAAACUGGAGACACUUCUGAAACUCCUUCACGACCUGCUGUCAAUCCCGUAUCUCCCGUCAAGCUCAAGCGGAAGCGAUCAAGUCUGUCGGGCACACCUGCAUACAGUCCUCCUACCCUGGCCUCACCCUUUUCGGUCACAGAUCGCAAGACAAGUGUUGAUCUCAUCCCUUCGCCACCAAAGAAGAGACGUGGAAGACCUUCAAAGGUUAAAGUGGAAGAAACUACAUCUCAACCUCGCACUACCAUUCAUAUCAUCAACGAUGACUCGCUCAUGGCCGAUGAUCAAGGUUUGGUGCUUGAACGCCGGACAAGCAAACGCAGCAAGAAGGAACCGCCUGCUCAGGCUCUUGCAUCAGCGGGAGUCCGCCGUAGCGGACGUGCCAAGCAACGAGUUAGCUAUGCCGAAUCCCCUUCUUCGUCUCCAGAACGACCAGAUCUACGAGAACCUGACGUGGAACCGACAAACAUCAACCAGCCCACAAGAUCAACAAGAUUUACCAGGACCACAGACAGCAAGAAGGCAUCACAGGAGGAUGAACUGUAUGCUACGGACGACGAGGACAGACAUGAUGAUGGCGAAUGGCAGGGUGACGAUGGUAAAGAAGACAACAUGGACGACGUUAUGCCUACUCCCAUGGACAAUGCACGCCCGAAGACAGAUCGCAUUGCGGCAUCUCCUCCCAUCAACGCACCUACUUUCCAACGUCAGGCAACAAUGGAUGAUUGCAACACUGUCAAUCAGGGUCCUCAUCACUACGAGGAAUUGGCACUCCCAGACGUAUACGGCCGUCAAGAAGUCUCAGGCAACAAAUCAAGUUACAUGGGCACCACGACAACCCAAUUCACCAACCCAGGGGACACUUAUAGUAUGCCAUCGACACCUACCAACAACAUGGCCACCGGUAGCAUGUCAAGACUGUUGGGUCAAUCCAAUCCGAUGGCAGAUGGAGUGGUCUUCAACUCCAAGGAGUAUCAAGGCCCGGAACUGGGGCCUCGAGAAAUGUCACCUUUGACUCGAUCGGACUGGAUGAACGGACUGACUAGACCAGCCAUGGCAUUGUCAUUGGACGACAUUCAAGAUCCCAACACGUACAAUUUUGACGUCAAUGCUAUGAGCAAAGCCGUUGCCGACUUUGAUGCUCAGCAAGGCUAG